GCGGGCGCAUUUUUACUUAUUGAUUUGUAUCAAGUUGUAUUUAGAUUCUAUAUCUAUCGCUAUUCUUAUGUUUGGAAUCAUUCGUGCCAUACGCAAAGUCAUUCUUUCAGUACCAUUAUCAGGAUCGACACGGUUUUCAAUUAAGAGCGAGCAGGAAAGCUUUCGACGAUGGCAGAUAUGUCGGUGAACAACGUUGCACCACGAAAAAUGUCUUUUGGCAUUAACGGGAAGUUAAAUGGUUUAGAACAUAAAACACCUUUUCUUAUCGGAGUUUCUGGUGGUACAGCCAGUGGAAAAUCUACCGUCUGUAAGCGUAUUAUGGAGAAAUUAGGCCAGGUUGAUAUGGAUCACAUGCAGCGGCAAGUAGUCUGUAUUUCGCAAGAGAGUUUUUAUCGGGAUUUAUCGCCGGCCGAAAAACUCAAAGCCGAAAAAGGUCAAUACAAUUUCGAUCAUCCCAACGCAUUUGAUAAUGACUUGAUACUUCAAACAUUGCAAGACAUACUGGCUGGUGUGAAAUGUGAAAUACCGGCUUAUGAUUACAGAACAAACAGUUUAAUAAAAGAUCAUAUCACAACAAUCUAUCCUGCGGAUGUAGUUUUAUUCGAAGGGAUUUUAGUGUUUUAUUUUCCUAAAAUACGUGAUUUAUUUCAUAUGAAACUGUUUGUAGAUACAGAUUCAGACACUAGAUUAGCGAGAAGAGUGCCCAGGGACAUAGACGAAAGGGGAAGAGAUUUAGAUUAUGUAUUGAAUCAGUAUAUGAAUUUUGUAAAACCUGCAUUUGAAGAAUUUUGCUUACCCACAAAGAAAUUUGCUGAUGUUAUUAUCCCUAGAGGUGCAGAUAAUACAGUGGCAAUAGACUUGAUAGUGCAACACAUAAGAGACUUCUUAAGCAACAGGGGUAGGGUUACAAUGGAACCCGAAAGUUCAAUAAACAAAACAGAAAAACUAUCCAAGAGGCCACAUUAACUUUUGAAGGGUUUAGAGCUUGAUAGAAAAUAAGUUCAGUAAUCUUGUUUUUUCAUUACUCCUAAUACUCGGGUAUGUUUUAAUGUGGAAAUUCUACAUUAAAUUAGUGAUAAAUGAGGUGAUAUAUGAGAUUUUCGGAAGAUACGCAGUGAACUAUUUUUGUGUUAUAUUUUAACACUGCUCGCAAAUAUAGACAUUCAUAAUUAUUAAAUAAUCGGAAAUCUUAGGUACAAAGUGUUAAUAUCAAGCAUUACAUUUUACUGCGUACAGAAGGCUAUAUUAAUAUAGAAUCAAUUUGUAAAAAUAUUUUAACAAGAUUUAGGUGUUAAAUAACAGUUAAAAACAAUAAUAAUACAAAAGAUUAUUUUUGCUGCAGCUAUAUUUGUUUAUUGUAUAAUUAUGUACAUUGUACACUUAAAUACUAUAUAAGAUAUAAAAUCAUGAAGUGCUUAAAUAUAAAAGUUAUUAUUGUUAUUAUUGUGUUUAUAUUUAACAAUAAUUUGUAUAACAUUAAUUAUUAAUUAAUUAUUGAUAGUAAAGUUCUAAAUUCAUACCAUCAUGAAUUUCAUCUAAAUUAUUAAAUUAAGGAAAACGUGUUAAAGAUUUUAUGACAUCGUGUGACAAUAUAAAAAGUGUACUUAAUCUCAAAGGAUACAAUCUUGUAAUUUUAUGUGAUCCUUAAAAAUGGUAUACCAUUUCUUCAAAACAAUCUUUUCCCAAUGCGUUCCAGUCUGAGCAGCUAUCAGUUUCUUUAAAUCCCCUAUUGUGUCAUCUGGAUUACAUUUAACUCUAACUUUUUUCCCAAGACGGUCAUUGCAUGUUAU